AUGGUGGCAGGCUUUCUGCAGACAGCUGACCACGCCCUCCCGCCCUUUGCAAGAGGCACGGAGCUUUGUCGCGGCAACGUCCUGGCGCUUUUGGCGGCGCCGGAGCGCCUCUUUGCAGAGACCGAUGGCAAGCGUGCCCGGCUCCAUGAGCGGGUGGUGGACUUAUUUGUGAUUUGCGAGGCCGCUCUGGAAGAUGGCCUGCCUAACUUUGUCGUGCGAGAAGUGCCCGAACAGUCCGUUGGAUAG